AUCAAUCAGCGACUCGUUGCCGGCGCACGAGUAGGUACGUUGAAAGUCUGAGCGUCAUUCGCGACUUCAGGCAAGGAAGAUUUUUUGAAAAAAGAAAGGUAUAUAGUAACCUUGAAGCUCUUUCGACCUUUCUCUCUUCUGGACAACCCGUAGAGUAAAAGUGAAGCUUGUGCGGGAGAAAGUCGUUGGCGGCGUUUGAAUUCGAGCGAAACGGCGUACCGGUCGCGCAGGUGUGUAGCCGUUGGCCUUCGCGAGCGCGAGUAGAGAGAAAAAGGGAGAGAGAGAGAGAAAAAGAGAGAGAGUUGCAUCUGUUGGCAGUAGAGUGCAUAUCCUGGGCCUUGAUUGUUAAUAAGAAUCUCUUUUGAUUUUCACACUCCCGAGAAGAAUUCAUGAAAGUAUCGAAUAUCUCGGGAUGGAAUGCGGGUUAAAUCGAAGAUUCUUGUGCAGAAGUGAUUGUAUAUAGCUCUUUAACGGGGUCGUCUUGGAAGCAGCUGUCUUAAGGAGUCGUUGACUUUUGCAGGGACAGAUAAGCAUAAUUAACAAAAUGCCACCUGAUUCAAGAAGUGUAUCCUUUAUCUUUCAUCGUGACACCAGCAAUACAAGAAGCACCUCGGAGGACAAUCGAUCCCAGAAAAACAUCAGGCGCAAACUACAGUAUAAAUUUGAAAAGGAUCCAAUGGAUGGACCAAAGGACAAAGACAUUGUAGAAAGACCAUGGCAUAAUCUUAGUCUGGGACAGGUUUCCACAGACUCUAAGAGAGUUUUACGAAAUGGCGCUGACAAGAUCUCUAAAACCAUUUCAUCGGUUAGAACAGCUUUUGGCUCUGUGUCACAAAAAUUCAAAAGCUCGACCCGCCGACGUCAACGUCUCGAAGAGCAGCAGUCACCCAUAAACAGUGCUUGUAAAUCACAAACACCUCAAUCGAAAUCAAGAAAUUUACUUGGACGGACACCCACGAAGCUGUACAGUCCGUUUGGCAUCGAGUCACCACGUUAUGCUUGGAACAAAGAGAACGAGAUCGCAUCUCCGGCGAGUAACACCUCUCAAGAUUUGUGUCUAGAGAAUAAACGUCACCGGCUUUUUCGUAUUCCUAAAGUCAAUGGGUUCUGCGCGUUAAGAUAGGCGAAAACUUAAUCUGUACGAGUAUAGAUAUUUUCAGUAAAGUGUAACAGUUUUUGUUCGAUAAAACAGAGUAUUUAUUAAGUAAUUACGAAACCGUUUCAUAUAAAAAUAAUAUGUUUCUUGCUAUACGAAUUUCAGCAGAAAAUAGCAAAAUUGUAUUUAUUUCGUGUAAUCGUCUUACAGUUAUCUUUUAAAAUCAUAAUGGGACUGUAAUUAUUUAUUAUUAUUAUUACUAUUAUUUUGUUCUUGGGGUAUACGUAAAAUUCGUAUUGCUUUAUAUUACAUACGUCUUCCCGUAUUUUUCUUGAAAAAUUGUGUUGUACUUGAAGUAACCUAGUGAUUUUUUUUAAAUAUCCUAUUUUGUAUUUUUUUAUGAACUUGAAUAUAGCCAUAUACGAAUCAAAAUAAUCUCAUAUCAAUAAUAAACAUAUUUUAAAAAGAUGUUGAAUAGCGCGCGAACUUGAAUGUCGCAGUGGAUCUGAAAAUUUAAUAUAAUAAAUUACGGAGAUAGUGUAUAAGUGAUUUUUUAAUAAAAUUUCUAAGAUAUUUCAGCUUUUUAUGCGACCAGUGCGCCUUUUCUGCG